AGCAAGUUCUAAAUCCUCAAUAGUUGUCAACACCCCUUCUGGUCUGCGCUUCUGGAGAUCUUCUUCAGUUAGAGUCCACCACCCACUAGAAUGGAACUAUUGCGCAAGUUUUUGAAUAGUCCCGUCGGUCCAAAAACCGCUCAUUUUUGGGGUCCUGCUGUCAACUGGGGCAUUCCAAUUGCGGCAGUUAUAGAUACGCAGAACCCGGCAGAAACGAUAAAUGGAAGAAUGACUGCAGUAAUGUGCGGUUAUUCGGCAGUUUAUAUGAGGUUUUCUUGGAUGGUGCGACCACGAAACAUUCAUCUUCUCAUAUGUCAUGCCUCGAAUGAGACCGUGCAACUCUAUCAGCUUUCGCGAUGGGCAAGAUCUCGAGGUUAACUCACCAUUAUGCAUUAUACAAUUACAGUUAUUAAUAUCCAUGGCUUUAAAUAACGGCCACGGUUGUGAUCUGGUCGUGUAAAGACUUUCAUAUUUCAGUUGGUACGUAUGUGUUGUGUUAUUAAUUGUGGUCGUCGCAUCGUGAAUUAAUCACAAUAUAUAUAAUAAAUAUUUUUUGUGGUUUGUACUUUCA